UCCGUCUUCCUCUCUCUGCGCAGUAGCUCCUGAGCGCUUCGUAGGUUUCGUUGUUGCUGGACGUGGUUCCUCGUCGGGGUCCAACAUGCCUCGUGGAAGCCGGAGCCGCACCUCCCGCGUGGCCCCACCGGCCAGCCGUGCCCCUCAGAUGAGAGCUGCACCCAGGCCUGCUCCUGCAGCCCAACCUCCAAUGGCAGCCCCAGCAUCUGCUGUGGGCUCUCCUGCAGCUACUCCCCGGCAGCCUGGGCUGAUGGCCCAGAUGGCGUCCACAGCCGCUGGUGUAGCUGUGGGCUCUGCCGUUGGGCACACACUGGGCCAUGCCAUCACUGGCGGCUUCAGUGGAGCUGGUAAUGCUGAGCCUGCCAGGCCAGACAUCACUUAUCAGGAGCCCCAGGGAACUCAGAUGGCGCAGCAGCAGCAGCUUAGUGGCCCAUGCUCCUAUGAAAUAAAGCAGUUUUUGGAGUGUGCCCAGAACCAGGGUGAUUUUAAGCUCUGUGAGGGCUUCAAUGAGGUGCUGAAGCAGUGCAGAAUUGCAAAUGGACUAGUUUAACCGUGAAGUUCAAGUUGAAGAAAUGGAAAAUCAUCUCUGAUGACCAAGUUAAUUUAACAUGGAAAUGUAAUUGGUAGUGACACUAUAGAGUGUAAAACUAUAAGUUAACUUCUUGUUGUUAAUUGCAUAGUUGCCUCAAGAGUGGCCAUGGAAGAGGGUAUUGUAACUCUUAAUACAGGUUCACUGAGAUGGUAUAGAGUUGGGGCUGACAGGUGUUUGUGUGGCCUUCAUUGUUCUGAUGUUAUUUUGAGUUAAUUAUAAUAAACUGAUUUCUUCCAAGGUGUGGUGUGGUGGUAUAUUUAAUGAAAAGACAAAAAUUAGGUAUGCAUGCUGAAUAUAAUGUAAUUCCCAACAGAAUACAGUUGUCUUGGUGUGUCUUUCAGUUCUUUUGGUCUGUAACCUCUGGACAUUAAAUUAGCAUCUACCAAGCCA